GGACGUACGUACAGUGGCGAUACAGGUGCGGUGUUCAGUAGACCGGUUGCUGGCGGUGUGAAGUGAAGUGAUUUGCGUAUAUGAGUGAAAGGCAGUUAGCGAAAAAUAAUAAAACCUGAGUGUUGUGUGGAGAGACGUUUAACGUUUUGUAUCGGCAUCUUAUUUUUCUCUUUAAAUAAAUACACAUAUGUUACUAGUUAUGGCGAACUGACAACAGUGAAUUCGUUGUCAGCUGGAGGCUGGAGUGAUACUGUCAUCGUUAUCAUCGCGCUCUGGCUUGCCUGGAGAUGAUAAUUUCCAAGGAUCUGUUUCUGCUGGGUGACCAAGACUACCUCAGGCUCCCCAAGGACGACAAGCGAGCCAUGGUCCGGCCCGUCCCCAAGAUACAGAGGGUAGAGUCCAGUGUCCCCAGCGCAACGAUCCACUUCCCAUGUCUGGACCAACAGCGGCCUCUGGAGCUGGUGUUCAGUGGCGUUACGGUUUCUGUGGACAAGAGGCCCAUUCUGAAGGACGUGAGCGGAGUUGUACGGCCCGGAGAACUGCUGGCGGUUAUGGGCCCAUCCGGCUGCGGGAAGACGACGCUACUGAACUGUUUGUCAGGACGAGUACGGCUAGAGGCAGGCAGCAUCAGGCUCAACAGGGAGCGACUGAGUAAGCGCUGGAAGCGAAAGAUCUGUUACGUGCUGCAACAGGACAUCUUCUUCCCCGACCUCACCCUCAGACAGACGCUCGAGUAUGCAGCCCGUUUGAGGUUACCUGACACUCUGUCACAUUCUCAGAAGAUGCAGUACGUGGACCACAUCAUUGACGUGCUAGAGCUCGGCGCAUGUCAGGACACAAUUAUUGGUGAUUACAUUAAACGUGGUCUUUCUGGUGGUGAAAAGAAGCGGGCAAACAUUGCAUGCGAACUUCUCACAAACCCCUCACUUAUGCUGCUGGAUGAGCCCACGUCAGGCCUGGAUUCCCAUUCUGCAUACAGCCUCAUGUCAAGCCUCAAGAGGUAUGCAGAGAAGGAAGGCAAGACAGUGGUUGUCACCGUACAUCAACCCUCAUCACAAAUAUUCCACAUGUUUGACAAACUAUUGCUGCUGUGUAAUGGACAGACUGCCUACUUCGGAUAUGUUCGUAAGGUAGUGGACUUCUUCAGUAAUAUUGGUCUGACAGUGAUGCCUCAGUACAACCCAGCAGACUUCAUAUUGGAGCAAGUGAAGGGAAGCGAGGAGAUGAAAGAGAAGAUCAUAGCAGCUUCCAAAGAUGCCCGCAGCCAGCCUGACUACCCUCAAGAGCUUCUGCCAGACUACUUCACAAAUUCAGUCACCAUCUGUGAUAAAUAUCUAAACAACUACCAAGAGAGCCAUCUGCAAACAAAUGGCCACAUUGGCUCCACUAGUUGUCACUGCCAGAGGGAUUUGUGGGCAGGAUCUAGGAACGGUCAUGCUGCCCAUCACCUUGGAGCUAAAAAAACCGUCGAAAUGUGUGCAGUGGUCGAUUCUGGAGCACAAAACAAUGUUUACACCACAAUAGCAAUGAAGGAUGAGGAAGGGAAGACGCUGUGGCUAGACAACCAGAGUCACGCAUCGUCGUCAGUCACCAGUUCAGAUGAUGAUGUAAGCUGGCAAUGGCCAACCAGCUUCUGGACACAGUUCAAGGUAUUGUCACAGCGUAACUUCCAGGAGGCUCGGCCGAGGAUGUUGUCAAAGCUGAACUGGGUGCAGACAGUAGCACUAGGUGUUCUGGCUGGUCUACUGUGGUUUCAAUUAGAGCAUAAGGAAGAAUCACUCCAUGACAUCCAGGGCUGGAUGUUCUUCUCCACUACAUAUUGGAUGCUCUUUGCACACUUUGGUGCUUUGUCGUCAUUUCCCCCUGAGCGAGAGGUUAUCAACAAGGAAAGGUUGUCUGGCGCAUACAGACUGUCAGCUUACUACCUUGCGAAGAUGGUGGGGGAACUACCACUCACAAUUACACUCCCAGCUGUGUACCACCUGAUCUCAUAUCCCAUGCUGGGUCUCCGUAGCACCGUUGUGUUUCUCACCCUUCUAGGGUUCCUGCUUCUCAACACCAUCGUUGCUCAGAGUGUUGGGUUCUUCGUGGGAGCAUCUUGCAUGGACAUGCAGGUAUCCAUCACUAUCAGCGCUCUAUAUACGCUGGCAACACAGUUAUUUGGUGGCUAUCUUGCAACAAACAUCCCUCAGGGGCUCAAGUGGAUGCAGUACUUGAGCAUGGUCCACUACGCUUACCAGAACAUGCAGAUUGUAGAAUUCAGUGAAGGCACACCAAUAAAGUGCGCAGUGCAGUCCAAGUUCGAUGUGUGCACCACCAACUCCUCUUCUCACAUUCCGGUCUCUGCCAUCUUAGAAGCGCAGGGUGUCAGCUUACCUCUCUGGGCAAACACCUUAGUUUUACUUCUGUUCCUUCUCAUAUUCCGGAUUCUUGGCUACAUCGUUCUGCGGUACUUUCGCAGACCCAAGUGACAUAGAAAGCUGUAAGCAUGUCAGUUUGUGAAGAGAGCCACGAUAGGCAUUGGUUUCCGGACGGGAGAAUAUAAGUAUGGCUGUGUUGUUAUCAUAAUUUUUUUGAGCAAGUCCUCGUUGUUUUUUGUGUCCCAGAUGGGAAGUUGCUAUGUUGCAGUCUCAUUCCUACUGAAGAGUGUGAUUUGUAGUGCAAAGAGAGAUAAGAUGAUUCUAGCAGUGCCUUUGCAAAACAUGUGCCAAGAAGCAAAGUGAACAGCCUAAUGAAUGGCACCAAGUGAUUUUUCAGUUCAGUACAAGUGUUCAUAAACAAGAAUCAUAAUACAUACUUGAUCUGUCAUUUCAAGUUCAUCAUCAUGUUCUGUUUUUAUACCCGAAAAGUGCUUGACAUUUAUAAAAAAAACAUACGACGUUGUUUUUCCACAAGAAAAAUCCCACCUCAGUACUCUUCAUUAUACUCAUCAUAUAGGAAGAAAAGAGACAGACACUGUAAAAUUGAAAUAUGUCCCCAUCAGAUGUUACCGUGUAAAAUGCGUCAGUACUAUAGUGAAUUACUGUAGCUUACAAAGCACCAUGUAACCAUAUAACAAUGUACCAUACAUUUGGCAGCAUGUUUUUUAAUAAGUACCAUACAACUAUAUCAGAGGGAAAUGCAGGGAAUUUUUUUUAUGUAAUUAAUAUGACAGAUUGAUUCUGUGAGUCAGUGGAGUGGUACGUUUUGACAUUUUGAGUCGAGUAAUUUUGACAGACAUGGCUUGUGUAUUUCAAUCCAGACCUCAUGAUUAUGGCAGGAAGUUGUACAGUUGCCGAAGCAAUGCAGAUUAUUAUUGGUAAUUUAUUUUAUACUCGGUGUGCAUGCUUUGUGGGCCCGUGCACUGUAUGUUUGCCUCAGGACUAUGAAAUAUGUUGCUAUCAAGGCCUGGUAUAUGUGCUGGUUUCUUUCUUCAGAGCCAAUCAGCCUUCCACAUCCUCUCUGUCUCACAGCAUUUCUGUCUUUCCUUCCUUCCAUAUGAAGUAAAAUAUUCUCUUCAUCUUCUUCUUCCAUUAUCGUACACAUGAAACAGAAAGAAUAUAAGCAGCCUUGCUCCUUGUCAGUAUCUUGAAAACUAUGUUAUUCAAAAUGUGAGUUUAUUCAUAAAUGAAAAGACACAAAAAUAGUAAACCAGAUAACCUAGUCCAUUAGUGUUUUUGAGAGCAAACUGCUGAAAUGAUGCUAUUUAUAUUCAAUAAAAUCUGUUAUUGAAAUAAUAUUUUUGCUUUGAUAUUCUUCUGAACAACACCCUCAGAUUUUGUGCAAUCAGUAUUUUGGUAAUGUGUUAUUCUUACAUUUUAUUAUCAGGUGAAUGGUACAUGGCAGUUUCAAGGUCACAGGUUCAGACUUGAGUAACAGAGACAUAUAACAAUAUAAUGAAGUCUUUUGGGUUAUCAGCCAUUUUAGCAUUUCAGAGACUGUCUCUGCUUCCAUCAUCAGGGAUUGACGUAAAAAGGAUGCAGCUUUCUGUUGUUUCAUACACACAAAGUGGACCAAUAGGGAUAUUGUGGGCAGGGUCUGGUGUUCACUCAUCCUACCUAGUAGUCACAGCUGGAAGAUGGAAACAGAGACAGUCUUCCAAAUUUUGCAAACUUGUUCUGUUUAACAUGGAUGAUCAUUUGACAAGACUUUGUUGCAUUCAGUCACUGUGAAAACUUCAAAUUAUAUACACACCUUAUAAGAAAAUUUGUUUUUGUAUCCUCACGUUUCUUUCUUGUACAUAUAAACACCUGUUUUUAAAUUACUCUUAGCCAAGAACCACAACAGUAGUAAAUUCCCAUUUUUCUGAAUCUGUUUUGUCCAGUGAAUAUCUGCAAUGCAUUGUGGGUAAGCCUGGCAAAUAACCCUGCUGAUAUAAUGUAUUUUCUUGCACACUUUAAGAAACUGAAGCAUUUGCUUUAAUGGGACUAGGUGAUGAUUUAAUUUUAAUUGUAAUUUAUCUUUGCAUUACAGAGUGCUAGCAAGUACAGUA